AUCAAAUUGAAUUCAUCGGAAGAUUAAAUAAUAAAACUAGAACAUAAUAAAAUAUGAAAAUCGGAGCAAAGAUAUUUUUACUCGCACUUUCCGUCUUCGGAAAUUUUGCGCUGGAAAAAGUUCCGGAUGGAGUUUGUGUGAGGAAACUGGUGAACGGCAAACUUGUCUCCGUGGGAUCGUGUGAGGAAAACAACGGAAGGGACAUUAUUAAUGAGAUGAAAAAAAGGGUGCAAGACCAGGCUGUGAAAAUGGGAAAUUGUGAUGUCAUGUACAAAUCAAAAUGCUUCAAAUACAUACCAGCAAGUUAUGCUGUUGAUCAAAAGUACGAUGCUGCCAAGGGUCUAUGUGAAGGAAUCGGCGGAAAAUUAGCCAAUAUAUAUGACGUAACCCACUACAAACUGAUUGAAUCGUACCUUCGAUCUAAACUUCAGUGGUCACUCUUUUACGUUUGGACUGGUUUAACUUAUCGGAACAACAAAUUAUUCUUGACUACUGGCGAAGAAGUUACUUUUCCGAUAGAGUAUUGGUACGGAAAAACUACAAAUCAAGGGAGUGAUCCUACUUGGACAAGGACACAUCUGUACGUGAGCAAAGAUCCAAACAGUGGUCUUAAAGGAAUUGCUGCUCCUCCACCAACAUCAGAUGCAGCUGGGCCAUUGUGUGAACUAUAGGUCGAAUGAAUGGACUUGUGUAUAUAAUUGAGCUUACUGAUCUAGACUUCUUUGUUAUUAAGGAUGUUGUUUAAUAUUUCAAUAUAAAAAUUCUGUCGG